AUGGCUGCUGCAGUGAGCGCCUCUCUCUCUGAAUCGGCCCAGGGGCCCCAGGGCAUCAAUCUUUACUCUCGUUUUGCUCUUGCUGGCGCUCUGGGAUGCUCCGUUACUCAUGGCGCCUUUACUCCUGUCGAUGUCGUUAAAACUAGGAUUCAGCUUGAACCUACUGUUUAUAACCGUGGCAUGAUUGGUGGUUUCCAACAGGUUGUCCGGAACGAGGGCGCUGGCGCCCUCCUGACUGGCUUCGGCCCGACGUUUACAGGAUACUUCAUCCAGGGAGCCUUCAAGUUCGGAGGCUAUGAGUUCUUCAAGCAGCAGUCAAUUGAUUUCCUCGGUCUUGAAACAGCCCGCAAACACAGGGCCGCUGUCUACUCAGUCUCCGCCGCUUCGGCUGAGUUCUUCGCCUCCAUCGCUCUGAGUCCUCUCGAGGCAACCCGCAUCCGUCUCGUUUCGACCCCUGGCUUUGCUACCGGCCUGGUCAGUGGAUUUAGCAAGAUCCUCACACAGGAGGGUAUUGGGGCUUUUUACUCUGGAUUUGUUCCCAUUUUGUUUAAACAGGUACCUUAUACCGUCACCAAGUUUGUUGCUUUUGAGAAGGUUUCCGAAGCUAUCUUCUCUCAAUUUGACAAGUCUACUUUGUCAAAUGGUGCCCAAACAGGUGUCAACUUGGGAUCUGGUCUGAUAGCUGGCUUUGCCGCUGCGAUUGUUUCUCAACCAGCUGAUACUAUGUUGUCUAAAAUCAACAAGACAAAGGGCCUUCCGGGCGAGGGCAUCGUCUCCCGCCUCGUCAAAAUUGCAAGAGAGCUUGGUCCUCGCGGUUCUUUCGCUGGUCUUCCUACUCGACUGUUCAUGGUUGGCGGUCUCACCGCUGGUCAGUUUGCUAUCUAUGGAGAUAUCAAGAAGGCUCUCGGUGCUACCAAGGGUAUUGAGAUCGCUAAAUAA